CGAGCCGAGCCGAGCCGAGCCGAGCCGAGCCGGAAUGCAGCGGGCGGCAGCGCGGGUGCUGCGUGGGGCGCGGACCCCCCCAGCGCGGACGCGCUCGGCCACGGCGCGGGCCCCCCCCCCCGCGGGGGCUGCUCUAUGAGCGGCACGGGGAACCCGCGGCCGUCGUGCAACUAAAGGACCUCGAGGUGGCCGAGCUGAGGGACUCCGAUGUCCACGUCAAGAUGUUGGCAGCCCCCAUCAAUCCCGCUGACAUCAAUAUGAUCCAAGGGACCUACGCCAUCCUCUCCCCGCUGCCGGCCGUGGGAGGGAACGAAGGUGUCGGGGAAGUGCUGGAGGUCGGGCGUCGUGUGACGGCUCUGAAACCCGGGGACUGGGUCAUCCCGGCAGGUGCCGGAGUCGGGACGUGGCGGACGCAGGGGGUCUUCCCCGAGGAGAUGCUGCUGAAGGUGCCCAGUGACAUCCCGGUGCUGUGUGCCGCCACCCUGAGCGUCAACCCCUGCACGGCGUACCGCAUGCUGGCCGACUUCGAGACCCUGGCUCCGGGUGACUCUGUCAUCCAGAACGCUGCCAACAGCGGCGUGGGCCAGGCUGUUAUCCAGAUCGCCAAAGCCUCCGGCAUCAAGACCAUCAACGUGGUGAGGGACAGACCUGAUCUCCCAAAGCUGGUGGAGAGGCUGAUGGCCCUGGGCGCAGACCACGUCAUCACGGAGGAGAUGCUGAGAAAGCCAGAAAUGAAAGAUAUAUUUAAGACUAUCCCGAAGCCCCGGCUCGCCCUGAACUGCGUCGGAGGCAAAAGCACUACGGAGAUGCUGCGGCAUCUGCAGCCCAAAGGGACCAUGGUCACCUACGGGGGUAUGGCAAAGCAGCCUGUGAUGGUGCCUGUGAGCGCAUUCAUCUUUCGGGACGUGCGGCUCCGCGGCUUCUGGAUGACCCAGUGGAAGAAGGACCAUGCACAGGACCAGGAGAGCCUGACCAGCAUGAUGGAUGCCUUGUGCCAGCUCAUCCGGAGGGGGCAGCUCACCGCGCCGGCCUGCACUGAGGUCCCGCUCCAGGACUACAAGGCAGCGCUGGAGGCCACCAUGAAGCCCUUCACGUCCUUGAAGCAGAUCCUCGUCUUCUGACCACCUCGUCACACCGCCUUCUGCCACAGCUCGUGGGCAGCAGCAGGCUGAGCCCGGUGCUGCUCUACCACAGCCAAGCUUUCCCUCGCUGCCUUGUCUGCAGAAAAGAGAUGCUUAGGGGGGAAAGAAACCCUCCAGAUCCACUGAUUUUUUUUUUUUUUUUUUUUUUUUUUUAAACUUUUGGGUGCCCACUUGAAGUUUUAGAAGCCUCUGCAGCUUUGCAUGGAUAGAAGCAUGCAUAAUUGCUUCUGGAGGGAGGCUGCAGUCUCGCUUUAGCUGGGGUGAGUUUGGGUACCAGGGAAAGCUCAGGGAGCCCGGGGACAGCGGCUUGCUUGGCUCAGGGUUUCAAAAGAGCAGCAGUUCCCCCUCAUGCAUGUUUUUGGGGCUGGAGGGGCUGCGCUGCCGCCUCCUGCCUGGCUUAGCAGCUGUCAGUGUUGUUCUGCUGUUUGUACUGUGAUUUUUGGCUGCUUUUGGGUGAUUUUGCAGGGUAGCACAGGGCUGGUCACUGCCCUUCUCCCAGCCGGCCCGGUCCCCCCUGCACUGCUGCAGCCUCUGAGCCACCUCCAUGUCCCCCCCUCCAAGUUCAGCAGCCACGUGCCCCUAGCCUGGGAGCACUGCCCGCAUUGAAUUGCAGAGAAAAAACAAAUUUUAACUUUUUUUUUUUUUUUUUUUUUUUUUUAGUUUUUCCCUGCCCAGCCCCAGCAAUGCUGGCAGGACAGGGGCAGGGGAUGCCCGUGCAGGCUGGGGGACAAGGGCACAAAGGGCUUUUCCAGCCCUUGGCAUUACUUCAUCUCAAAAAUGAGCUCCAACAGCAAAUAAAAAAGAAACACCAAGUUACCAAAUACCAGCCAGUGCUGCUGCACUAGUGGGGCCUGUAAGACGCUGUCAUCCCUUCGGAUGCAUGGUGGCAUUCAAGGUGGGGACAGAACUCACCCAUCAGGUCACAGCCGGACACAUGCAGGGCAAGGGGGGCUUUUUGCAAUACCUGGACUUGAAUUCAGUUUUGCUGCUGUUCCUGCUGCCACUACUGAUCAUGAUGAGAACCUCUUGGAAAUCAAUAUCAAAUAUACAUAUAUUUUUU